AUACCCACAAACCCCAAGUCGGACGUGCUAGAAAUAGGCAGCGGAAUUUACGUAUUUUGUAACGAAUCCGUUGGUCCUCUUUCAGUGACGUCAACAAACUAAGCUUGCUGCAUCCUGCUUUUCUUGUGCACGAAUAGUAAUUGCGGCCACAUAGGUUAUUUCUUCAUACCAAACAAAGAAGAUGAGAGGAGCCAUAGUAGGCCUAAUCCUCAUGGCCUCCGCUCUUAUUCCUGUAGAUGCAGGGGUUGGUAGUGCUAUCGCCAAAAUUCUCGCAAAACUUCCGAGAGGACUGAGAGCGGUGACAAUAAGGAGACCAACCGGAUCGUUCGUGCGUGUGGCUGCCAGAAACCAUGCAGAGAUGCACUUGCUGUUUGGCCUGCAGGCAACUCACCUGGGCUUGAGUUUUGUUCCGCCACCAGGGGGAUUUCAGUCAGGUCCCGAAGGAUACAAAGGGCCUGGUAUCUCAGGCGAUGCAAGAGUGUUGAAGGGCGGCUCCAUGUGGAGUGAGUGCACUUCGUGCAAAUGCUUUUUCGUGUUUAACGCUUCUUUUUAUGAAGAAAAUAUUGGCUGCACGGCGUCGGCGACACUGAAAUGCACAUGCGAACCGAACGCCUCCAUACAAGAAAAAAAAGACAGAAUGGCGGAGUGUGCAAAUGAAGUGGCUGCCACGCCAUUACGCAAUGCUUAGCGUAAACCUCU